GUUAAUUAUCUCGACACCAGCCUGUCUGCUCAAAGGAAGCCGAUUUGUUUGGUGUGUGUGUGUUUUUUUUCCAAUUAGCCGAUCUGUUUCGCAACAGCACACGAAGUUUGGUGUGUGUGUGUGUGUUUUUUUCCAAUUAGCCGAUCUGUUUUGCAACAGCACACGAAGUUAUUAUAUUUUGUGCUUGUGUUGUGCCCAACCCUAGCCAGGGGUCAAAAACUUUAGACUUGUCCUUUCAAGUUUCCAUUUGAUGAAUUAGACAUCACCCUUUCAAACGCAAGAUUUCCUAAUAAAUGCAUGGGUUGGAUAGUUGGCAACUUUUUAGCAAGAAAUGGAUUGGAUGGAUCCUAUUUCUGUGUUGUUCCUAUUUGCACUUACGCUUGCAUUCCUUUGGAAAAUGAGCGGUUUCUGGAAUAGCAGUAGCCGAAAGCUUCCACCAGGACCACGUCCAUUACCACUCAUUGGAAACCUCCACCAACUGGAUCUGAAGAGGCCUUACAGAACCAUGAUGAAGUUCUCAAAACAGUAUGGCCCUGUUUUCACCAUCCAAAUGGGACGCGAGAAAGUGGUCGUUCUGGCAGGCUACAAGACUGUGAAAGAGGCUUUGGUGAACCAGGCAGAUGCUUUUGCGGGCAGGCCCGUGAUCCCAGCGAUUGCACACUAUGAACAUGGCCAUGGUCUUGUUUUUUCUAAUGGUGAGAACUGGAAAGUGAUGAGGCGAUUCACGUUAAGCACAUUAAGAGACUACGGGAUGGGCAAGAAAACCAUAGAAGACAAAAUUGUUGAGGAGUGCCAUUUCCUAAUACAGGAGUUUGAAUCUUUUGAAGGAAAACCAUUUGAGGCGACUACAAUCAUGAAUGUUGUUGUUGCCAAUAUUAUAAUAGCCAUAUUACUCGGCAAGCGAUAUGAAUACAAAGAUCCCACGUUUAUGAGAUUACUGAACUUGAUCAAUGAAAACAACCGUCUCUUUGGAGGGAUCUCAGUCACGCUAUACAACAUGUUCCCCACUCUGGGUUUUUUCUCUGGUAUUCUGAAGACUGUUGAUAAGAACAUGAAUGAAAUGUACACCUUCAUACAGGAUACUUUCAUAGAACACCUCAAAGAACUGGAUGUGAAUGACCAGAGAAGCUUCAUCGAUACUUUUCUAAUCCAGCAGCAAGAGGAAAAGGACAAGAAGCAAAGCAACAGAUUUUUCCAUAAUGAAAACCUAAAAUUUAUUGUGGAAAACCUAUUUGCUGCUGGAAUGGACACCACUUCGACUACCUUGCGUUGGGGCCUGUUGCUGAUGAUGAAGUACCCUGAAAUUCAGCAGAAAGUGCAAGAAGAAAUAACAAAGGUGAUCGGAUCAGGUCAGCCGCGGAUGGAGCACCGAGCAAAACUGCCCUACACGGAUGCGGUGAUUCAUGAGGUUCAGAGGUUUGGUAAUAUUCUCCCUACCAACUUGUCACAUGCCACCACUGCAGAUGUCACUCUUGGAGACUACUUCAUUCCAAAGGGAACGCAUGUCAUUCCAUUACUGUACUCUGUGCUGUACGAUGAAUCUGAGUGGGAGAAACCCUUUAAAUUCUAUCCUGAGCACUUCCUUGAUUCCGAAGGAAAGUUUAUCAAAAGAGAUGCCUUCCUGCCUUUCUCCGCAGGUCGACGAAUGUGUGUUGGUGAGACUCUGGCCAAAAUGGAACUCUUCCUCUUCUUUGUGAGUCUUAUGCAGAGAUUCACUUUCCAGCCAGCCCCUGGGAUGUCAAAAGAAGACCUGGACCUGACCCCUACAGUUGGAUUCAUAGCACCUCCAAAACCCUUCCAUCUCUGUGCUUUGCCACGCUCUUAAUCCAACCACGCUUAGCUCCCCACUGUGCUCACCACCUUCCUCUUCUGCACCUUUUUGCCUGCUGAGGACAGUUCAGGCUCAUUAAUACCAGACUGUGCUUUGACACAAAGUUGUUUCCUUGGUGUUUCCUAAGGACAUUUCAGAUUCAACAGAACCACACUAUAGUUGGUCACAAACCUUCAUGCUUCAUAUACCUAGCUGUGGAUCCCCUACAAGCUAAAUCAGAGACAUAUCUUACUUCAAAAUUUGGACUUCACCUCUUGAAUUGUUUGCUCUACAAUAACAUUGUUUCUGUGUCUGAUUUCUUGGACUGACACAUUACAGACGUCUUUCAACCCCUGAAACAACCAAAGUGAGCUAACAGAGAUCAUAUCCUUCCAAGUGAACUCCUUCCAAUGGUACCAGCUAUGUAGAUGAAAUAAAUAUCAUUAAUGUUGCAUUUUACAUAUGAAGCCUGCUUCACAAACAUGCAAGGCCACUUGAUUUUCCUACCUAUUCUGCUAAUUCUGAGAUUUGUUUGAGCAAUUAUACUGCCUUAAGUAAGGUUGCCAAGACUUUCUGCGCAUGCAUCGAGAACACACUGCGCUUUGAGGCGUUCUUGUCAGGUUUUGAAUGUCUGAAUGUUAAGCUAGGGAAAAAAACGUUAAGCUAGAAAAAGCUUUUAUGUGAAACGAGGAAAACUGAGUACCACCUCAUUGCACCAAACCACUUUUUGUGUAUAGCUGCGCACCCAAAGUGUAUGCUUUUCAGCACACAUCAAGAGCUGGACUGGACUUUUGAAUGGACACUUUGGGAUUCUUAUUUGUUUGUUAAUUGUAUACAAAAUGGGUCAGGAUCCCAUCAUCCAUUAUCCUUGUAUCCUCUGAAUAUUGUUGGAUCAUUAUGCAAGUAUUUCCAAUUUUUUACAAUUUAAGAUAUUACACAUAUACUUUUCCAGUAUUUUUGAGUGUAUUUGAGGCUGGUUAGCAUAGAACCUUUGGAUUACUUACCUGCUUACCUUGUUAUCCAUGUCAUUCUUUUGUUUGGGUUGCAGAAUCCCCAGUUGAGGGAAGAGGAUCCCCUGGUUUGGAGGCCCUUCCCCCACUUCUGGGUUACAGCCUUGCUCCUGGCUCCAUCCCCAAAAUCCCCAGAUAUUUCCUGAAUUGACCCUAGCAACCCUAGCCUAAAGUCAGAGAAGAAUGUAUAAAACAGACCACUGAUUACUGAAUGAGUAAGCAAGUCAAACUGAUUUCUUGGUGAAACAAUUUUUGUGAUUGAGGAAGAGAUGCAGAAAAUUAUAGGUACUGUGACUGAGAAAGAGACGAUUGAGAAAGAGAUACAGAAGAUUACAGAUACUGGCUUUGAUCCAGUGAUGUGUUUAUGCAGGCAAAAGAUUUCUUCCUAGGGAGCUCCAGACUGACUUAGUAGAAUGGUAAGAUAUGAACAUUCUGAACAUUCAUUCAUCUAUUUUGCUUGAAAUCAUGCUCUUAUUUAGCCACCAGUAUUGAGGGCAUAUCUCUCUUCUGUCUUUCUAUUCUUAUCAUAGGCAGAUUAAUGACCCUUGUUAAUAGUGUCAUGUACCUAUUAUUGCAUUUAUGAAACACUGUGCAUAUUAAAGUUGUCAACAUUAAUCAUAAUAAAAAUAAUAAUUUGCUAGUA